GUAACGGAGAGAAAAAGCCGAGUCAACCGCGGACACAGACGGUCGCCCUCGCUCGUCUUCACGUCGUGUGCAGCGGCUCUUUUCUUCCAAAUGGCAACGACAGCGGACGAUCAGCGGGAGCCGGCGGACGUCGCUGCGUUGUCGACGCACCACGGCUGCCACCACCACAACAGCAACAAUAACAACAACAAUAACAACAACAAUAAAGACAGCGAUGCGGGAGAGAGCGCGACCUCCGCCACCGCCAGCACGACGGAACCCGGCGGGACGGCGUCGCAGAGCAUCGGUAACGGCUCGGUCAUCAAUCCCACCGGGGGGAACAACGGGAAGUGGGUCCGGCUUAACGUCGGCGGCACGGUUUUCCUCACGACGCGGCAAACCCUGCUCAAAGAGCAAACUUCGUUCCUGUACCGGCUGUGCCAGCAGCAGGACCUGCACUCAGACACGGAUGAGACGGGGGCCUAUGUGAUUGACAGAGACCCCACCUACUUCGGUCCCAUCCUCAACUACUUGCGGCACGGCAAACUGGUCUACAACAAGGAGCUGGCUGAAGAAGGUGUCUUGGAGGAGGCUGAGUUUUACAACAUCACGCCACUGAUCAAACUGAUCAAGGAGAGGAUCGUGGAGAGGGACUCCAAAGCCACGCAGCAGGUUCCCCCCAAACAUGUCUACCGGGUGUUGCAGUGUCAGGAGGAGGAGCUGACCCAGAUGGUCUCCACGAUGUCGGACGGCUGGAAGUUUGAGCAGGUCAGCGUGCGCGCCUGCAGAAAGCCCCGCACCGGACUGCUCUGGACUAUGGUCAACAUCGGCUCGUCGUACAGCUACGGAACAGAAGACCAGGCUGAGUUUCUGUGCGUCGUGUCCAAGGAGCUUCACACACCUGGAUCUGGACUUGGUACAGAGCAGAGCCACAAAACUAAGCCGACGGAGAUGCAGGAGGAAGAAGCAGCGAAGGAUGAGGAGGAGGAGGAGGAGGAAGAGGGAGGGAGAGAUACCACACCAAAUGAGUGGCUUAGAGAAUGAGGGAGUCAUGUUUCUUUGUUCCAAAGAGAGGCGGGAAUGGCUUUUCCAGAUCCAUGGGUCCCGGAUGUAAACAUUACAAGAAUUAGAGUUAUUUUUUGCUAGGCUUAUUACGACACUCAUGACAUGACAUGACAUGACAUGACAUGACAUGACAUGACAUGGCGUGUUUGUGUGUUGGGUCAGUGGACAUUAAAACAGAUUUGUAGCAUUGUCAUUAGUUCAUUGACAAAAUGCCAGAUAAUGACCAAAAACGAAAAAAAACAAAAAACUAAACUCAAUCUCAUCCAGUUGCAGCAAGUUCAUCAGAAAUAAUCAAACUGUCAAACUGAUUGUUGUUCUUUGAAGUAAUCAUGUAUUGCUGUGUGCAAACAUUAUAUUGCUGAGCGCAAUAGCGGAGCUUAGUAAAUUAUAACCAAAGAUCCAGAUUAAAGCUGGCUGAACCAAGGUGCUUAAUCAAAAUAUGACAGAGAACAUAAAAUCUACCUGAAGGAAUCUGACAUAGUCUUGGUUACGUAGUGAGGAGCUGUGUUGUGCCGUUUUGGAUUGUCAGAUUUCCUAAUGUUAACACAGCUGGCACAGAGGCAUUCAUCAGUUGAAAUUAAACCAAUAUUCCAGAGUUUACUCUCCUCCCAGUGAUGGAUGCAGUUGUUCCCCAAACUUUGUAUUUCAGAUUAUUAUUCCUUUAGUCCUCCCAUUUGUUUUGCUGAACUUUACUUUUUCGUUAAGCUUGUUGGAAAUAAUGUUGGUAAUUUAGUUAUUUGUUGCUCUCAGUGUGAACAUGGGUUAAAGCUGGUUUGAUCUCACAGUAAACAGGUUCCACAGCCUGUGUAAAGCUGGGGCAGACACUCUGCAGCGUUCACUGCAUACAGAAGCUUGUUAAACCACCUGUUCUGGCCUUGCUGCGAGUUAUGUGAGUCUGUGCGCCUUCAGUUGUGACUUCAGGGUGCAUUAACCCUGGUGUACCUGCUUGCAGGUCUAGUUGUGUGCUGUCAGGGUAAACAUGAGGUGACACUGGUUUGAUUUUGCUGUAGUGUAGCCAGAAAUUGACGAGGGCAUUUGUUAGUGUGGGCUUCAUCUGGCUACAAUAAGACUGUCAAAGACAGCAAGAACAGCCAGCACACACAUACUGCGGUGACAAAAACACACAGUGCUCUAUAUUUUACCCUGCACCAGCACCCUGAUACACACCUCACGUUGGUGCAUGCUCAGCAGCAGCAGCAGCAUCAUCUCAGUCUGUCGCCCUGGCGUGGAUCCAGAGCCAGCUUUGUCUCCAGCUGAUAGAGAGGGAGCUUGGCGUGAGUCGGGAGAGGCUUGAAGGGUAGAUGGAGGGAGGUAACUGUAGAUCAAACUGAGGAGGAGAGGGUGAGACAGGAGAGUGAGGUGAAUCACCAUUUUGUGAGUUCUGUUAUUUCGAUAACACGUGACUUCUAACAACCUCUGCUGGAAAAGUGUAGGAACUGCACCACAGAUCAAAUUUAAUUCCCCUGCACAGGUUGCCCCUGACAGUAGUUUGUUAUGGUCUGUAAUGAAAUGAACUAUAUGAAUGAAGUGUGAGAGAAUUAAUAUCUAGGUGUCAGUCAACAAACACUCCUCCCACAGGGUUUUAACAGCAGUCUACAAGUGAAAAUAAAGGGUUAUACCUUACUUAAAAAUAACAGGGUGUUCAGUUUUAAUCAGUAGGUAAGAAAUUAUGUAAAUAUGCAUCUAGAAUAUAGUACGUCUAAUAGCCUAAUGUUAUGUCAUAGCUUAUCAGAGAACGUUUAACCAGACAAAAUAUAGAAAAUACAUUGUAGAACAGAUGCUGAAGAGUCUCUUUGAGGCAUAAAUAACUACAGUAACUGAGUUAAUCCACAGUGGUAGCAGCCAAACAACAACAGUUAAAACAACUAACAAUAACACUGCUACAGAAAAUGGAAAAGAGGCAAUGGUAACUACGAAUUUUUUUAGUUAAUCAGCCUAAUUAACAUUCCACAUUCAAGGUAGCCACACUCUUCAAAUUAUCUGUUCUAGCCAGCAGCUGUCUAGAUAAGAUGGCUAACAGCUUUCAAACAUCCUGUAAUGCAUGAUAUAGAAAGACUGAAAUAAGAAAGCUUCAUUUAUGUUCACAGGUAUUUAGUUUUCUUUUUUAAAACACAGUUAAUUUCCUUAAAACAGGCUUUAGUUUUUAACUUUACUCAGACCUGGAUCGAUGCAGUUCUUUGACUCUGCUCACUGAGGUUUUCCACCACCCGAGAGAUUAUUUCACAACACUGGCUGUCAGCAGCUUCUGUCUGACCCCUCUCUUGUUGUUUAGCUCCUGUGUAACACUGACUGACCAGCAACAGGCAGGAAACACACUAAUAAACACUGGAGCUGUUUUAUAAAAGCAAUAAGCAGAGUCACAGUGUGAGACAAUCGAGAAUUAAGAUCACGGUUGGCAACUUUUUUUUGGUAACAUUUUGAUAAUUAAAUCAGAAAAAAAUAGGCUGCAAAUACAAUAUUCUGUUUGUGUGUGUGUGCGUACGUAAAAUAAAGUGUAUCGUCCAUUUUUAGAGUUAAAUAGAAACAGAUAUCACGGACCUAUAGGAUCAUUGCAAUAGCAUAUUUGCUGGAUUAGGAGAACACAGUAAAUGUUAGAAUAGUAAAGAUACGUUACUCAUCAUGCUUAUGAUAAUCAUAACAGUGACAUUAGCAGGAGGGAGAAGACUGAAAGAGACACAGUUAUGUUUGUUUUGUUACUUCUGCUUUUCUUUGUGACUCUUUAAACUUGGAUCAUUCGGUGCCUUGAGUUCAAGCAGCAAAACUGGCAUGUCUAAAGACCGACAUGUCACAAUGAUCAUAUGUGUUAGUACGUUUUUUUAAACUAGCUGUUUUAGUAUUUUAGUCAAAAGGAAAUGGGUGGUUUGCAGCCUCACUCAGAGUCCAGUCCAGGUUGCAUAUUCAUGUACAUUUCUUCCAGUACAUAUUUGCUGUGAGAAUUGAAUUUUUCAGGAGGUGUUCAAGUAAAGACAGUACACACACUUCAAACAUGCAGCCGCAUGUAAUGCUGUUUAAAGCAGCUCCUGAAGAAGGUUUUAGCUGUUUUGUAUAAAAUGUCAUGCCUUUUUUUGUAUGUUUUUGUUGUCUUAUUUAUUCUUGAGGGUUUUUUUUAAAUGUUACACAUUGAAAAGGAUUUGGGCUUUGACUUUUUUUUUAGUAUGGGGAUGGGGGAGAGGUUAAUGUCAUCUUUGGGUGACCUUUGCUUUUUUUUUUUUUUUUCUACUUUAAGGGUUAGGGUAUUCAGCGGUAUCUAGAAAUACAUUCAUCAGGUUUACUGAAUAUGCUCGUUUAUAGUUAUUUAGUUCACAUUAAUUCUGUUGAACAGAUGUUACCCCAGGAAUAAAGUUUAGAGUUUUCCUAUCAAAUGAAAAUGUGUUACCAUUAGGUCAGUUUUAUAAACCUCAAUUUACACAUCCAGUUACCUUGUUUGGUUUGCUGGAUUCACACUAAAUAUAAUUCAUUUGUACACUAUUUGUUGACUGGUUUCUGCUGUACAAUAGUGUGUUUUCACAUGAUAUUUAAUGUGUAAAAGUCUACUUACUAGUCCUCUUUCAUUAAACUGUGCAAAAAAAAAAAAAAAA